ACUCAAUCAGCGAUUGAUUUAACAGGCCCGAAAUGUAACGCACGCGCAAACCUAGUUCUUCCUUUCUGCUAAAUUCUUCGCCAUGGCUCCUGUGAAGAAACAGAGCAACAAAGGCUCCAAGGGUGGCAAGAAGAAGAAGCAGGUCCUGAAGUUCACUCUGGACUGCACCCACCCUGUUGAAGAUGGCAUCAUGGAUGCUGCCAACUUUGAGCAGUUCCUUCAGGAGCGCAUCAAGGUGAACGGGAAAGCUGGCAACCUGGGUGGUGGUGUGGUGUCUAUUGAGAGGAGCAAGAGCAAGAUCACUGUGUCCUCUGAGGUCCCCUUCUCCAAAAGAUAUCUGAAAUAUCUGACCAAGAAGUACUUGAAGAAGAAUAACCUUCGCGACUGGCUGCGUGUUGUGGCCAACACAAAGGAGAGCUACGAGCUACGCUACUUCCAGAUCAACCAGGAUGAGGAGGAGGAAGAGGAUGAGGAUUAAACAAUUGUCUGCUGGAUUUUGUACAUUCAAUAAAUUCUUAGAGUACUCCUGUUUUUAAUUUUUUCUCUACGGUGACGAGACAUGGAGCGGGUAUAUUUACUAGGACGCAAAAAAACAGGGAGGGACCUACCUGAAUUUGUCCAACAAGAAACACAUUUUCAUUGCAAAACGUUUUGCUGCGGUGUGCACUCUUGAAUACACACUGGGUGACUCAACCUUCUUGUGACAAUGCAGUACAGUGCCUAGAGAAAGUAUUCAGACCCCUGGACUUAUUCCACAUUUUGUUACAUCCUGAAUUCAAAAUUUAUUAAAUAUACUUUCUCUCACUCAUAUACACACAUUACACCAUAAGGACUAAGUGAAAACAUGUUUGCAAAUUUAUUGAAAAAGGAUUACAGAAAUAGCUCAUUUACAUAAGUAUUCACACCCCUGAGUCAACUUUGUAGUCUUUUUGUAGUCUUUCUGGCUAAGAGCUUUCCACACCUGGGUUGUGACAUUUUCCCAUUCUUUAAACUCAUACAGCUCUGUCAAAUUAGCAGAGCAUUGCUAGACCAUUUUUAGGUCUCGCCAUAGAUUUAAGCAGAUUUAAGUCAAUAACUCGGCCACUCGAACAUCACUGCUGAAAGGUGAAUUCAACUUCCAGAAAGCAGACAACCAGGUUUCCUCUAGGAUUUUUCUUGUGCUUAGCUCCUAUGUUUCAUUUUUUUAUCCUGAAAAACUCCAGUGCCUAAUGACUACAAGCUUACCCAUAACAUGAUGCAGCCACCACUAUGCUUGAAAAUAUGGAGAGUGGUACUCAAGUGCAGUUUUGGAUUUGCCACAAACAUAACAGUUUGUAUUUAGUGCCUUGAUGGAAUAUUCUGUACAGGCUUCCUUUUCACCCUGUCAACUAGGUUAGUAUUGUGAAGUAACAAUGUUGUUGAGUUAGGAAGGACGCCUGUAUCCUUGUAGUGACUGGUGUAUUGAUACAGAAUUCAAAGUGUCAUUAACUUAUCCAUGCUCAAAGGGGUAUUCAGUGUCAGAUUUUGUCAUUUUUAUCCAUCUACAAAUAGGUGUCCUUUAAGAGGCAUUGGAAAACCUCCCUGGUCUUUGGUUGAAAUUCAUUGCUCAACUGAGUGACCUUAGAUAAUUGUAUGUGUGGGGUACAGAGAUGAGGCAGUCAUUAAAGAAUCAUGUUAUACAUAA